AUGCAGAACGCCACCUAUCUGAGGCUCAAGACACUGGACAUUUUCAAGACACCAGAGCAGGUGAACCAGGCUAUCCAGGAUGUGGCCAGCAUGGUACAGGUGCCCUCCAUGCUGCUGGGAUUCAGCUGUGCCAGCAGGGGAGCAGUCUAUGGACCACUGCUGGUGCGAGAGGAGGCAGCCGGGGAGUGGAUGGAUUGCAGCAUGUUUGUUGUGGUGGUUGAGAAGGACGCUAUUUUUCAGCGGCUUGUGGAUGACGGCUUUGCAGAGCACAUUGGGGGCAUCCUGGUCACUGCUAAGGGGAUGCCAGACAUGGCGACGAGGGCCUUUCUGCAUGCUCUGACGCAGGCUUUACCACAUCUGACCCCCAUAGCAGGCAAGUCACUUCACAACGGGACCACACUGAUGGUCGACUGGAACCCCGCUGGCGUCAACAUCUAUUGUGUCUACAAGUAUGGGAGCACAAGGAGGCACUCAGCGCAGUAUGGGCUGUCUGGAUUGACAUGGCUCGCUGCCCGUGCUGCGCUGCUGCAUGGAGUCCCCAAUCAUGUACUCCAGGGGCCCCUCACGACUCGUGACAAAGCAUUGACAGUUUCUUUGAAGGCCGGUCCCCUGUCAGCAGAGCCAGCAGUGCUGGCAGAGUUGGAUGCAAUGCUUGAAAUGGAUGCAAAGGCAGAAAUUGAAGCCUUGUAUGAGAAGGUCGGCAUUGACAACUUUACAGCAUCCUUAGCACAGAGUCUCCUUCAGCAGUAUGGCACAUAA